CCUACGUAGCACAAUGGAACUAAAAAGCGCAGCAGAGCGUGAGCGUGCUAGGGAGUGGGCAUCUGAACGCCAAGGCUAGCAGUCUGGAGAGUGGUCUCUAGCCUGCCACCCCCCAAAAAUCAACAUGGAUGAAUGGCUACCUAGCGGCGAGUGGUGAUUUUUAAAUAAGGAUGCCACCGCUGCGCACCUCUCGUUUUCUCCUGUUCUUUCUUUUCUUCGGCAACGUCUGGAAGGUGCUGCCGAAAUCCAUUCCGGAUCGGGGACCACUAGAGGUGCUGAUAAGAGUGCAGGUGUUUGACAACAGCGACCUUUCGCCUUUACCGGACGCCACGGUAGAGGUCCACGGCAACCAGUCCACCCCGUCGACCGGCAGAGCGGGCAGCGAUGGCAUCGCCACGGUUACCCUCCUGUACCGCCCGGGCACGUGGGUCAUCAUCGCCGCCUCCAAGCCAGGCUACGUCACCAACUCCGCCCCCUGGCACGCCAAGCGCAUCCCCUUGUACGCCUCCAUCUCCCUCUACCUGCUGCCCCAGAGGCCCGCUACCCUCAUUCUGUACGAAGACGUGGUCCAGGUGCUGCUGGGAUCCCCAGGGUCCAGGCGCCAGCCCUGGGUGCAGUUCCAGAGGAGGGCCAUCGGGCUGACCCUCAACUCCACCUACGCGGAGCUGACCGCCAUGCUGACCGCCGCCAAGAGCCAGUACGAGAUCGGGGGAUUCCCCUACCCCCUGGGCCAGGAGAGCGCCAACGGCACGGGAAGUGACAUCGGCUGGGCAGACCUGACGGCUGUGGCUGCGGUCAGCGCCCACCUCGUGGACCAGAAUGGGACGGUGGUCCAGGUGUCGGACCCCGUGCACAUCUCCAUCCCGCUGCCCUCCGACACGCCCGUCAGGGCCGCCACCAGCGUCCCCGUGUGGAGGUUCGAGGCCCAGAAGGGUCUGUGGGUCAGGAACGGGACGGGGUACAUUAAAAAGGACGGGACACAGAUGACCUGGAGUUUCGUGGCCUCCCAGCUGGGCUACUGGCUGGCAGCCUUUCCAACAGACACAGGCAUGGCUGUGAACCCCCCGGGCCUGGGUGACAUCACCACGUACCACACCAUCUUCCUGCUGGCCAUCCUGGGCUCCCUGGCCCUGCUGGUGCUGGUGCUGCUGUGUCUUCUGCUGUAUCACUGCAGGAGGCGGUGCCUGAAACCACGGCAACAGCACCACAAGCUGCAGGCGUCCUCCGCCCUGGACGGCUCCAGGCGCGACCAGGGGACCUCCACCUCGCACCUCCACCUGAUCAGCAGCGGGCGGCCGGACGCGGGCUCCGCCUGCGGCGGCGACGCCGACGGCCUCAAGUCCGAGCUGACCUCGCGGGACGAGUUCUUCCGGGACGUCCCGGCCCACAAGUCAGCGCGGGUCAACGCGGGCACGUACACGCGCAGGGGCGAGGGCUUCCCGCCGAAACCCGCCAACCCCGGCGACGCCCGGAACCAGGACAAGCGGCGCAACGGCGGCGGCGGCGGCGGCAGCGCCAACGACAACCAGGGCUACGCCUCGGACCCGCCCUCCCCGCCGCCCGCCUUCGCCGGGCGCUACCAGGACAGCCGGCCGCCCGAAUACUCCGCCUCCCAGCCGGCGGACCCCCUGGCCCGGGCCGCCGCCCCCCUCAACACCCAGCCGGGCCAGCUGAUCUUCUGCAGCUCCAUGGACCAGAUGAACGAGAGCAUGUACCGCAGCGUGGUGCCCACGCUGGUCAUCCCCGCCCACUACAUGCGGCUGUCCUCGGACCUCUCCGCCGUGGAGCAGGCCCUGGAGCAGCAGCAGCUGCAGCAGCAGGACCGCGAGGGCAUCCAGGUGAGCGUGACGCUGCCCCGCCCGCGGGGGGCCCCGGGCCAGCAGGGCCCCCCCCAGCAGCAGCAGCAGCAGCAGCAGGGCCAGCGGGGCGGCCCGCCCCAGCAGCAGCAGGAGGGCGAGGACCCCGUGCGCAUCCCCGUGCUCUUCGACGACUCGGCCAUGAGCCAGAUGAGCGAGGAGCUGCAGGCGCUGACCGAGCAGAAGCUGCUGGAGCUGGGGGUGAAGCCGCACCCCCGGGCCUGGUUCGUCUCCCUGGACGGCCGCUCCAACUCGCUGGUGCGCCACUCCUACAUCGAGCUGGGGAACGAGCGCGGCGGCCUGGGCCUCGGCAGCGGCGGUGGCGGCUCGCGUCCCGGCGAUGGCCUAGGCCCCGCCCCCGGCAGGGCGGAGUCCCGCGGCGGCCGGCAGCCCCAGCGGACGCCGGGGGAGCGCAGGGGUCGCGCCGCCAAGGCCUACGCCAGGCCGGCGUGCGCCAACGACACCAAGACCGCAGCCGCCGCUGGCAACGGCGAGGGCAGGGCUGCCCCGAGCUCGCCCGAGGACAACUCCCUGGCCCCACUGCUGGACGAGGCCCCGGGGCCGCGGGGGGCCACCUUCCCCCGCCGGGGGCCCAACAGCUCCCGCGCCGGCGGCGGCGGCGGCGGCGGGACGCGGCGGAGCUCGGCGACCAGCCCCGAGGUGGAGGAGAACGACCUGGACGACAAAGACGACGACGGGGAGAACAAGAAGAGCCCCUGGCAGAGGCGCGAGGAGCGCCCCCUAAUGGUCUUCAACGUGAAGUAGGGCCCACGGCAGCCCUCGCAAGGAUCCUGAGGCCCUGUGUCCUUAUAGACAGUGUCUUUAUAGACUCUUCCUGAAACCCAUUUAAGGGGGGGGGGGCGGAUUCUGGUCACCAAAGGAAUCGGGAGAACAGCACAACGAACAGCCUGUAAAAUGUGAGAAAUAGGAUCCACAGAGCCCCUGUGCUUGGAGCCAUCCACUCCUGUGAGGGGGGAGGGGGGGGGAUUUCUUCACCUCCCUCUAACUUCCGUGAACCCUUGGGCCUCUUUCCUUAGCAUCUAUCCCAGCAUUCCUAGCAUGCAAAUAUGCCAUACCCCCCCCCUCCCCCUUUAGCUUUCCUCAUUUGACCCGAGCUCUGAGGAACCCAGUAACACUACAGAGGCUAACGAGAGAACCCAGUGGAAUUGUGGGACAUUUUGAUUUCAUCUCUCCUUUUCAGUAUUUUUCAUUAGCGGGAACACUGGAAGUGUUGACCUCACUUUUCGCAAGGCCCUCAUUUGUCCGGAGAGAUCCCUGGGACCAGCAGUGCGGGUGUUGCAGUACUUCCGUGUGACCAGAGGGAAACGCGCUGGCUCAGCUGAACCGUGUGGAACGAGCACAUCAGCACUUAAUCACAGACGGAACAGGAAGUUCCUCCAUCUUCCUCUAACUUGCUUGAACCUCAAUCACAGACGGAACAGGAGGUGUGAUGGAAGGUCUGGGUUCUUCUUCUCUGUCACUCGUUGCUUUUGAGCAUCUUGGAGAAGUUUUUCUCUGAACUGUGGGGUUCCUGCAGUUAGGAAUGGACCUGGAGCUUGAUAGCGUGCUUUGGUGGAGUUGCCCUGGAAAUACUGCAUUUUUUGGCAUUUUGACUCCAUUUUGUUUCGACAGCUUACUAAUCAUAUGAUGAGAUCAGAUAGUGGCACAGUGCUUACUGAAACCUGGAUAACACCACAAAAAGAUAACUUUUUUAAGUGCUGAAAACAAACUGCGGACAUUUAUCAUUUAUGUUCAGUUUUACUUGGGAGACCAUCCCUGUGUGUAUCGUAUGUGGAAGCGGGCCUAAGAAGAAAGGUAAUGUUUUCCAGUGGCCAUUUGAGAGCAAUUAGAAGUAGCCUAAUAUUUUGAGGCCAUACACAAUUAGUACUUUACACACUAAAUUAGCACAGGAUUCCCUUUAAGAUAUAAUAUCAGGUAUUUCAUAAUCUCCCACAAGAUUAUGUAUUUCAUAAUCUUCUGAAUAACAGAAAGUGACAAAUGUACAGUCUAAAGAUAGUUUCCCUAUUCAAAAGCUUCCACCUCAAUUUCUUAUAGUAGCAAAGGGAAUUUACCGUAUUAAAUAGGGACCCAACAUUAAUCCCUAUAAACUUUGGCAGGCUUAAAACUCAAUCUUUAAACUCAAUCCGUGUGACAAACUAAUAUAGUACAUUUAGUACUAGUGAUGGUGGUGAUAAUAUUUGUUUGUUUUUUUGAUGAGGUUCCUCCUCUGUAGCGUAUUAAGCACCUGGAACUGUUAUGAAUUAUUUGGUCUCGUGGAGAUCACAUUUGCUACGUGUGACUCUUGCCAGACCAGAGCAUUUUUUGAUUUUGCAGUUUCGCAAUGGCUACAAACACAGCUCACCAGUGUGAUUUCCAGUGAUGGGGAAAUGGCUUGACCCCGUCUGCUCAUUUUGAUAUAGACUAAUAUGGUGAAGUUCCACUCGAGGCGUUUACGUUUCUAUACGGUGUUAAACUGCCGACUAUUCGACGAGCCAAUUACAAUCGCUGCGCUGUGUCCUCACAGUGCCUGGAGCUGCCCCCGUUUGUUCAGUAGUUAGCAUUCUCUCCGGUUCCAGAUCUCCGAAUUUCCUCUCUUUCUCCCUCUCUCUCUCUCUCUCUCUCUUUUCCUUUAGUCUUUCGGAGGUCAUUACCACUUUGGAGCGCUGUUGUGCCACGCUUGAAAAAGCUGUAGUGGAGCCAUUUAGCGCAUCAGCACGUAGCGUAGCACACGCAGGCUCGAAGCGGACUCUAACGGGAACUUUGUGUUACCGAGCGCGUGCUUGCAGGUGUACGCUUACACACCGCAGCUACUCAGAGGCCCGCCAUUUACAUCCGCUACACUUGCAGUAGCGAGGGGACAUUUUUGUGGAAAGGAAACUGAGAGGAUGUCUGUGUUCGCUGGAUACAGGACCAGAGCCAAAAUGGAGGGAGGGGGGCACAGUGAACGAGGCUCACCCUGUUCCGCAGUAAGCAAAAAAGCAAUGUCUGAGCCACAGAUGAGCAUCCAGGAGCCCCAGAGACCCACAAUGCAUCAUUCUCCUGCUCCCAAGUGCCUUCACUUCCCCUGCUGUAGUGGCCAGCACAGAAGGGCCUUUCUUAGCAUGUGAUAACAGAUGCUUUGUGAGUGCAAUCAGAUCCAGGUCCUUUAGCAUUGUAGAGACAAGCAUGUGAGCUCACACUCCUUCCCCUCCCAUUACUGAGCAUGCUCAGUGAUGCCAAUGACUAGCACUUUUCCCCAUAAUGGCGUACACUGCAAAAAAAAAAAGUUUGUCUUAACAAGUGCUUUAAAAUCUUAUUUCUUUCUCUCAAGUAGAAAAUAUUAGCUUGUUUUAAGUUACUUUUUGCUUGACAAGUGAAAUUGUUCCCAUUGACUAAUCUUGAAAUGAGUCAAACUGUCUGACCAGAUGUGUUCCUCUCACCACUGAUUCUGGAUCAGUGCUGGAGAGCACUGUCUCCACAGGGUGUACUUCUCUCCACUGAUUCUGGAUCAGUUCUGGAGAGCACUGUCUGCUCAGUGUGUUCCUCUCACCACUGAUUCUGGAUCAGUGCUGGAGAGCACUGUCUCCACAGGGUGUACUUCUCUCCACUGAUUCUGGAUCAGUUCUGGAGAGCACUGUCUGCUCAGUGUGUUCCUCUCACCACUGAUUCUGGAUCAGUUCUGGAGAGCACUGUCUGCUCAGUGUGUUCCUCUCACCACUGAUUCUGGAUCAGUUCUGGAGAGCACUGUCUGCUCAGUGUGUUCCUCUCACCACUGAUUCUGGAUCAGUUCUGGAGAGCACUGUCUGCUCGGUGUGUUCCUCUCACCGCUGAUUCUGGAUCAGUGCUGGAGAGCACUGUCUGACCAGCGUGUGCCUUUCUCCACUGAUUCUGGAUCAGUGCUGGAGAGCACUCUCUGCUCAGUGUGUUCCUCUCACCACUGAUUCUGGAUCAGUGCUGGAGAGCACUGUCUGACCAGCGUGUGCCUUUCUCCACUGAUUCUGGAUCAGUUCUGGAGAGCACUGUCUGCUCAGUGUGUUCCUCUCACCACUGAUUCUGGAUCAGUGCUGGAGAGCACUGUCUGACCAGCGUGUGUCUUUCUCCGCUGGCUGUCACCAGACCAUAAAAUGAAUACCAGGAAGCACUCUGCCUUGGGUACCCUACACACGACUUUCAAAAACCUGACAGGGGAGACCGUCUCAUGUUUAAUGACCGCCUCGUAUAAAAAUCGCAUGCCAAGUCCAGCCUAGGAACGCUCGCGCUACGCGCGUAGCCACAGGCAGCGGUCACGGGGGGGGUCACAUGCUACACGGGCCACCCCCGAAGCGAUGACAUCAUAUCAGUUUAAUAUUCCCGCAAGAGAUGCUAACUGGCUUGAGGCUGGAUCGGGAGGGCUGUGGAUGAGCCUCUGGCCGCCUAAUUCUAAAUCUGGCAACCCUAAGAGCAACGCAGUGGUCUUCAUUCAUACCAUGUUUCGGGCAUUAAAAUGCACACCCUCCUGGUGUCCUUUUGUUCCUGAAUGUUGUCCUGCACUGCUGUCUUCAGAUACCUUUUUUGUUUUUACUGUGGUUGCACACCUCAGAAUUUAGCUUUUGUUCAUUAGGCUGUUUUAAAGUGAAUUAGAUGUGAGGGGGGUUUUUUGUUGUUGUUGUUUUGUUUUGUUUUAUAAGGCUGUGUAAAGAGAUCCUAUAAAUCCAUUUUGUUUAACCCCAACCUGUGGUAAACUUCAGGCUUCUGCUAUCAAUCAGACAUGAUGUUGGCUUUGUGAAUUUCACUGUCUUUAUCCACUAACAGCGCUGGCAAGAAAAUGUCUAAGCUAGCUUUCUGUGAAUCAUUCCUGCCCACAACUAGAACAUGAGUCCACAUAAGGUGAGGCUGUUACACACUCAUGUGGACGGUUGAACUAUUUUGUAUUUUGUGAACAUAUGAAUAAUGAAUUAUUAAUAUCAGUACCUUAGUCCUGAAUCGUUGCUUUAUAUGGUUGAAAUUGUUUUCAACUGUUUGUUGGGUCGUUGCCCAGAAUUGGUCACCGAGGGGCAGUCUGCGAUGGAGAGUUCUAAUCUCCACUAGGUGGCAGCAUUGGGCAAAAAAAAAAAACUGCUGCCAAGUUAUCUAUGAGCUAGAAUGAUGGUUCAGUGUAACAUUUGAAGUGUUUCCCUCCCUGUUUCAUGCACAUAAAUGGUUUUGAUAUAUAAAUGAGAAUGUGUUGUGAAUCAAAAAACCCUACUUGACUGGUUAAAGGUUUGUGAUCGCUUGAUCUACUAGCCUCACUGAUGCCACACCCACUUCCUUCUCACUCGUGUUCUGAUAGAGUCUCUGCCUUUUAUGCUUGCUCUUCUUUAAAAUAAACAAAAACGUUAUUGUACAAAAGAUUAAAGCUUUUAAUGAGGUAUGUUUCAAGA